AUGAACUUUCGUCCCAUCUUGAGUUUUUCAGAAGAGGACAAGAUUAGAACCAUCCAGCCCCACAACGAUGCGCUAUUGGUCACUCUUAGAAUCGGGGACUACGAUGUGAAAAGAGUGAUGGUGGAUGGCGGCAGUGCGGCCGAUGUUAUGUACCCUGACCUCAACAAGGGGCUAGGAUUAAAACCAGAAGAUUUGAUGCCCUAUAACUCUUCUCUGAUGAGCUUUGACGAGAAGCUUGUCCUUCCAAAGGACAUGAUUAGGCUGCCCAUUCAGACCGGCCCAGAGAUAGUAGAGGUGAACUUUAUCCUGGUGGACACUUACUCUCCCUAUACAGCCAUCGUCGGAAGGCCCUGGCUCCAUACCUUAGGGGCUGUUGCCUCCUCGUUGCAUCAGAAGGUGAAAUUCCCGUUAGGGGACCAAGUUCUUGAAAUCCGUGGUUGCUAA